AUGUUAUGCCUGAAGGCUGAUAGAAGAGUUGAUAAUCGCUCCAUGGGUCGGAGAGGUCGCCCUAAAAGGGAAACUGGAACUUGUAAUGUCUGCUCUGCUCCUUGUUCAUCUUGCAUGCAUCGUAAUGCGAGCUUCACUGGUUCAAAGUCAGAUGAGUUAUCAGAUGAAAACUCCCAUGGUGUAGUGGCGAGCCAGUGUUCUUACAACGAGGACGAUCAUAUGUGCUCUUCUGGGGUUAAUGCGCUCGGCAGCUCACGUAACACUGCUAGUGAAGCGAGCAAUCUGGUUAAUUCCAAUCAUGAUACUUCCUCUGAGAAUGCUGAGAGUAAGGAAAUGAAGGUAGACUCAUGGAAGGUUCUUUCAAAGGAAGUGAAGUCGCAAUCUUCACAUAGUUUGUUAUCUGACCAUCAAGCGAGAAACACACCAGGGCAGGGAAAAGUCAAGGAAAAGUCAGGAGCAGAGCAUAACAAAGACAAGAAAAAUAUGUUAAUUGAAAGUUCUACGCAUUCAGACCAAAGUAGGAUGGAUGGGACAUUGGGAGAAAAUAGUCUCUUAAAUAAGGCAGAAGAACCAAACUCAUCGGCUAUGUCCGAGAGUGAGAGUGGUGAUUCUGAAAUGCUUGAACUUGAUGUAAAAGUAUGUGAUAUUUGUGGAGAUGCGGGUCGUGAGGAUUUACUUGCCAUCUGCAGCAGAUGCAGUGAUGGUGCAGAACACACCUAUUGCAUGCGGUUAAUGCUUAAGAAAGUUCCUGAAGGUGAUUGGCUUUGUGAAGAAUGCAAGUUUGCUGAGGAAGCAGAAAAGCAGAAGCUAGAAACUAAGGGAAAAAGAGAAACUGAGGUAAAUUUGAAUACACAGAGCUCCAGCAAAAGGCACAUAGAUAAACUUGAGGCAGCUCCAGAUGCUAAAAGACAGGCAGUUGAGGCUCCAACAGGGUCACCCAAGAGAUCUGCUCUCCCAAGAUUGUCUACUUUAUCUCGGGAAACAUCAUUUAAGGGCUUAGAGAAGCCAACAAGAAAGCUAGCUCAUCACUCAUCUUUCAAUAGCCACUCCAGUGAUGACACAGAAAGCACACGAUCUACUGACUCACAGCUCCGAUCCCCGAAACGUUCCUUUUUGAAGUCCAAUUCGUUCAAUUCUUCGAGCUCUAGACCAAAAGUGAGACCAGUGGAAGAUGUUAUGCUUCGACGUCAGAAAACUGGGAAAGAAAGUGCUUCCCUCGAUGUAAAAGGUUCAAAGCAACUGAAAGAUCGGAGUACAGAAGCUAAUCCUUCAGCAUCCACAAUUGAUCAGAAGCUAAUUUCACGUGGCAAUUCACAAGGUAGCUUAAAAAAGCAAUCCAGACAUCUAAGUCGAAACCGUCUAGAGGAUAUAGUUGCUUCUGUGGGGGAUACGUCUAAGAAUGAAAAGUACAGUUCAAGUGAGCAACAAUCAAGUGAAGCCAAACGUAAGGAUGAACAGGCAAAUGUAGAUGGUUUAUCCCGGUCGAGGGAAGGCAGAGAGGUGGGGGAGAAAAACAAAGGCGCUGUUGGUAAUCGCCAAAGGUCUGACCUGUUAUCUGUUUCAAAAGGCCUGCUAUCUCAAAAAGAUCAGAAUGCAGAACCCACUGACACAUCAUGUGCCUCUGGAAGCAAUCUCUCUACCACGCGUAAUAUUAGGGAGGAUAUUAAUAAGGGCAAUAGGUUGCGAGCAGCGGUUGAUGCUGCUCUGCGGAAAAAACCCAGCUUUGGCAAGAACAGAGGAUUGGAGCAAUCUGAUUUGCCUUCAGUUUCUAAUGUGGAUUCAAGUUGUGAUAACGCUUUGCAAAAUUUGCCUUCAAAGGUGCCGGUCGUAAGAGAUUGGCCUGUGUCUAAUGUGGAUUCUGGUUGUGAUAAGGCUUUUCAAAAUUUACCCUCAAAGGUGCCGGUCGUGAGAGAUUGGCCUGUGGGAUUACAAGGAUUGCAAGGAGGGCAAUCAAAUUUACGGACAGACAAGCAGACAAUUGCAGUGAAUGAUAAACAGAUUACAUUCGCUGGUGCUGAUGCAAUGCCUUCCCAAUCUGUAGAGCCUGAAGUUCAUUUUUCUUCUGUAAAACCGGUCAAGAGAGAUUUUCCUGUGGUUGCCCCAACUGUUCUGUCGACAAAAUCAGCGAUCCCAGAGCCUGAGUACAUUUGGCAAGGGGAUAUGGAGGUACAGAAAAGUGGAAAUCUAUCAGCAAUGCAUAGUGGAAUCCAAGCAUAUCUGUCGAUCUUAGCAUCACCCAAGGUUGUUGAAGUGGUAAACCAAUUCCCAGUAAAAGUCUUCUUGAAUGAAGUACCCAGGCUAAGUACAUGGCCUUCACAGUUUCAAGAUGUAGGUGCUAAGGAAGAGCAUGUGGCUCUUUUCUUCUUUGCCAAGGACGUUGAAAGUUAUGAGAAAAAUUAUAAGCCACUGGUAGAGAACAUGAUCCAGAACGAUUUAGCCCUAAAAGGAAACCUCGAGGGUGUUGAGCUUUUGAUCUUUGCGUCCAACCAGCUUCCUCAGAACUGCCAGCGCUGGAACAUGUUAUUUUUCCUUUGGGGUGUAUUCCGAGGAAGAAGGAAGAAUUGCUCUAAUCCACCCAAGAACACACUUCUUCCAGCGUCUUGUGUGUUGCCAACUAUGGGGAAAGCGUUUUCUACACGUGAGGGCUUUUGCCAUGAUAAUCCAAGCAACAGAGAGUCUGUGAGUGAUCGUGCAUCGAGCAGAAUGCAAUUGAGCAUGAAGGAGGCGAAUUCUAAAGGGGAUAAUGUUGGCGGUGUCGCUGACAAGGUUAAGGCAUUAUCUGGUUUGUAUGGAGAUAGUGGAGCGGCUGAAGAAACUGAGGAAGGAGAGAUAGGUGCUAGCCCACGCUUGAAAAAUGAAAAGACGUCAGUGAAUGCCUCUGUCAUGAACCAGAAAAUGGACUUGGAUGAUCAGUAUAAUGAAGGGUUGUGUGAAGGACCAGUGAAUAAAAUGCUGAAGACAGGUACAAGAGUAGAAACUGAAUGUAGUAUUCCUAGGAGGGAUGCAUCUGCUUCAAGAAAAUACGGUACCCAUCCCUGUGAGGAGGAAGAGAUGAUCAAGAAGAAUCCCACUAGGAUCGUGUUCCCUUUAGAUUUGAAUGAUGGAAAGGUUGACGAUGAUGAGAUGGUAGACGAUAAUCCCAUACCACUAGGUAAUGACAACAACAAACGAAGAUCACUCAGUAUGGUCCCAAGUCUUGAGCUGGCUCUAGGAGAGGAGAAAACUACGCCGACCAUGACCACAACGACAACCACAGGAGUCGUCUUGCCUUUCAUGGCUGGAACAAGCUCCAUUGAAGAACAUAGAAGUAGCACUAGUAGUGAGAAGCCACAGGAUCGGAUGGUGAAUCAAGAAGACGAAGCAGCCUCCCUCUCGCUAUCCUUGUCCUUCUCAUCCAAGGAGAAUGUGAAUCAGAGAUCAGUGUCUGGAUGGGACCGCAAGAAGCAGAAUGUGAAUACUCCUAUGUUUCUCUUUAGAGACUUCCCUGACAAAUCCUGA